CCUCAUUUCCCCACCUCCUGCCGGCGUUGCCCGGCUUGAGUUCGGUCGCAAAAUGGCGAAGCUGCUGAGCUGCAUUUUGGGCCCGCGGCUCUACCGGGUUUAUCGGGAUCGAGGCUCUAACGGAUCGCGGCGCUCCCGGCCAGAGGCAAUCGCGUCCUCCCCAGGCGCUCUUGAACCUUCUUGGGACUCCUAUUACCAGCCCCGGACUCUCGAAAAGCAUGCCGACAGCAUCCUCGCACUGGCUUCCGUACUGUGGUCCAUUUCCUAUUACUCCUCCCCGUUUGCUGCAUUUUACCUGUACAGAAAAGUGGGUUUUGAGCCGCUCUUUGUGCUUUGGCUGAGCAAAAACCUAGUCCUGGCUUUCUUCUCGCUCCCCGGAGGCAUCCUCUUUGACGUCUUCCUCACGGGAUAUCUGCCGCGAGUUCAAUGCUUUCGGGAAGCGGAGGUUUUUUUCCCCUGA